AUGAAUCCUUCUGUGCAAACUCGGUGCGGUCCCUGUUUUUUUGCCCUACCACUCGCGUCUGCUCUCGAUCUGGGAAUGUCGGUGGAGCAAAGAUUGGGCAUGACGCAUAUGUUUCCAAAUGGAGGUGCCUCGUCCAGCUCAACCUCUAUGAGCAGCCAGAGGAGCGAGACAGAUGAUGACAAGAUGAUUGCAAUGGUUCUUGAAGAAGAAUAUGCGAAGCUAGAUGGUGCUAUGGCCAAGCGCCUUACGAAUUUGACAUCUAUUCCUCAUGUUCCCCGGAUUAAUACAUACUUCCCGACAUAUAGUGAUGCCACCAUGGAUCAUCAUCGUCUUCAUGACAGGUUAAAUGCAUAUGGCUUGUUUGAAGUGAGGGUAUCAGGUGAUGGCAAUUGUCAGUUCCGUGCACUCUCAGACCAGCUAUAUCGAUCACCUGAGUAUCACAAGCAUGUUCGGAAAGAGAUAGUGAAGCAGCUCAAGGCGUGCAACUCUUUGUAUGAGGGGCAUGUCCCAAUGAAAUAUAAACACUAUUGCAAGAAGAUGAAAAAAUCUGGGGAAUGGGGAGACCAUGUCACAUUGCAAGCAGCUGCUGAUAAGUUUGCUGCGAAGAUAUGCCUUCUAACAUCUUUCCGAGAUACCUGUUUUGUUGAAAUUGUUCCACAGUAUCAGGCUCCACAGAGAGAGCUUUGGCUAAGUUUCUGGUCCGAAAUUCACUACAACUCACUAUACGAUGCUCGAGAUCUCCCGAGCAAAUACAAGCCUAGAAAGAAGCACUGGUUGUUUUAG